GUCACUUUAUUAGAAAUUCAGUUGUCGGAGAUACAAUCGAGAUACAACAAAGGGACCGUUUGUUGUCAAUCAUGUUUCCCCCCUUUUCAGCAAUCCAAUUGCAUCCCAUUGCCAUCGCCAUUGAAACCUCCUUGCAAUUUUUCCAACGUUUUGCUCCACCUUUUCCGCCUUCUAAAAUGUUCCGGCAACCCCACGGCGGCCAAAGUUAAAGCAACAACCACAGCCGUCGUCUCUCUCUCCCUUUAUCAUCCACCAAAGGAAAUGAAAGAAGGGGUGGUUCAAUUGAAAGAUGAAAGUAUAAGCAAUGGGAUGAUUGAAAAUGUAGGUGUCAACGGAUUCGAUUUCAAAACUGAGUUUGAGUUUUGGCCGAUUCAACAUCCAACCGAACCCUCCCAUGAAGAUAGGCCCGUCCAGUGUCCUAUGUCUCACUCGUCUCCCCUGAUCAAUGAUGAAAGAAUGCAGGAUGAUCGGUUUUCAGAGCGCAAGAGACCAGAAGCGUCAAUGGCCGUUCACAAAGAAAAUAGCGCGCAAGAAGCUACAGAACCGGCCAUUAGAACAGUCCGGAAGAGGCAUCACGACCAUACAAAUACCAUCACGCCGUUGCUGCAAGCGUUGCCUGUUUCUCACCAGAACAUGAAUACGACUGUCUUGAAUAAGCUUCAGCAAGUUCACAGGUUCGAAUCUUGACAUAGUGCCACCACGGUCUCUCGUGUUCUGAUUGAGAUUUUAGUUGUUGGUUUUAGCUUCAACGGUCUCUCGUGUUCUGAUCCUCUUGGUGUUUAUGACAUUUAACCUAGAUUAAAUGUGAUCUUAAUAGUGAACUCAAAAUCGAAUUAGCGGUAUUUUGGUGAAACUUCUAUAUAUGUAUAAUACGAUAUGAGCGUUUGUUGUAUGACGGUGUAUCUAACCUUUUUGAAGUCUAUUGGACUCGAGUUCAUCA